AUGGCUCCGGGACCGUCAAAUACUGGGGCGAAAAGUUCCGGGCUUUGUAUUAGCACGAGCAGAAUAUUUAAUUCGCUGUCUUCUAUGGGAGUAGAAAAAGUUUUAUCAGAUACUUUGAGCUCUAGCACACCAUGUAUAUUAGAAAAGAAUUCUGUUAUUCAAUCUCAUAAGAAACUGUUUUGGGUCUGGUUAGAAUGCACUGGAACCACAAAUCUUGUCGGAAAAUUCACCCAAAGUGUUAGACGGAUUGUGCAAGAUGUAAAAGAUGAGGGAACGGCGAGUGGACUAAGCAAAGACGAAGUGAUAGAUACCAACGAGCGUCUAAGGGCAGUUCGUAUACGCCUAGAAGAGUCCUACGAUACUGCCAAAAAAUCGUUGGUGACCCUUAUGACCAAGUACGGAGAUAGCAAAUCCCAGCGAAAUGUUUUCCAUCGUUACAAUAUGCUUAAACUCAUGAUAAAGGAAGUAAUACGACUGGAGACAAACUACUGGACUCUUGUGGACAUUCCUAAGCAAGAAAAACAAGAAACGGUUCCUUCAUUUGUUCUGAGAGCAUGUUCUAUUAUGGAAAAAACACAAAAAAGUGGUGAAGGCGUCAAAACUUCAACAAAACUGGCAGAGGAGGCUGCUGAUCGACGUGAACGAAUAGAAAGAUUAGGAGAUAUGACCACUGCCCAGAUAGAAGCCGAAAACACACAAAUGACAAAUGAUAUGUAUCGUCUUCUCAAAAAAUAUUCUGGUUUGAGGAAUUUAAUAAGAGAAUUGAAGAGUGAAUACAUGAAUUCAAAAGUCUAUCCGAUGUUUCCUCGAUAUACGAUGCUGAAGGACAUGAUUAAGGACAUAAUGCACCACCCCGAUUACAUGGAAGUUUGCCACGAAGUGGAUGCCUAGCGACGCAACACCAAAACGCAAAUGGGAAUCAACUAAUCGCUAACAAAAACAUACAUUUGCGUUGAAAAUGCGAUUGGAAUACACAUUGUUAACGAAUGAUUAGGUAAAUUUCUUAUAGUUAAAGAUAAUCUUAUUCUUUAGUUAAACAGUGGACCUAUGAAACGGAACUUAAAAUAAUAGCCUUAACCAGUUAACUGUGUCGCUUCGAUCGAACAUUGCACACAAUUUUGUGUCGUAAGACAGUAAAAAUAGUUUUUGAUAAGAAGCAAAAUAUAUUUUUAAAAUAAACAGAAGAAAUUGUUAUUUAAACAGUCCAAUUUUGGGGAAGUUUAUGCAUUUUACUUUCGUGAAAUGCUUUUUAUUUUAUAUUGCUAUAGCCUCAGAAUAUCCUA